GGGAGGGGAGCCGGAACCGGGAUAAGAGGGGAAGCGCUCGCCGCCGCUCUUGCCGGUAGCCCUGCUACUGUGGCGAAUCUGCCGCGGCGAACGUAGGGGCCCCGGCGUGGUGGUGGUAACGGCCGCGGGCUCCUCGGGGGCGGGGGACCGCCUGGAAGCGACCGCUAGGCCGGCGAAGGCUCUGGCAAAGCUCUUUAACAGAGGAGCCCUAGAGGACCCCCAAGCCAUUAGCCAUGGCUGUACCUAUUGCUGUUCUUGACUGUGACCUCUUGCUCUAUGGCCGCGGACACAGGACUUUGGAUCGCUUCAAGCUGGAGGAUGUCACGGAUGAGUAUCUAGUAUCCACGUACGGCUUUCCCCGACAGUUCAUUUACCACCUGGUGGAUCUCCUGGGAGCCAGUCUCUCUCGCCCUACACAGCGGUCCAGGGCCAUCAGUCCGGAGACACAGAUACUUGCUGCACUGGGUUUCUAUACCUCCGGCUCCUUCCAGACUCGCAUGGGGGAUGCUAUUGGCAUUAGUCAAGCCUCCAUGAGCCGCUGCGUUGCCAAUGUAACUGAGGCAUUGGUGGAAAGAGCCUCACAGUUUAUUCACUUUCCUGAGGAUGAAGCUACCGUACAGAGCCUGAAGGAUGACUUUUAUGGGCUGGCAGGCAUGCCAGGAGUGCUGGGGGUGGUUGACUGCACCCAUGUGGCAAUUAAAGCGCCAAAUGCUGAGGACCUGUCCUAUGUGAACCGAAAGGGUCUCCAUUCUUUGAACUGCCUGAUGGUGUGCGAUGCCAGAGGAGUCCUCCUGAGUGCAGAAACGCACUGGCCGGGCAGCCUGUCCGACUGCACGGUAUUGCAGCGGGCAGCCCUUACAAGACAAUUUCAAACUGAGCUACAUAAAAAUGGCUGGCUCCUUGGUGACAGCUCCUUCUUUCUCCAGACAUGGUUGAUGACCCCUCUGCAUAUCCCCGAGACACCUGCAGAAUAUCGUUACAACAUGGCACAUUCUGCCACUCACAACGUCAUCGAGCGGACAUUCAGAACCAUUCGGUCGCGUUUCCGCUGCCUGGAUGGGUCCAAAGGCACCCUGCAGUAUUCUCCGGAGAAAUCCAGCCACAUCAUUCUGGCCUGCUGUGUGCUUCAUAACAUCUCCCUGGAACACGGGCUGGACGUGUGGUCUUUGCCGGCCACGGGACACAUGGAACAACCAGAAGAAGAGUAUGAGCAAAUGGAAUCAAUGGACUCGGAAGCCUGUCGUAUUCGUCAGCAGCUUUUACUUAGUCAUUUUAGCUAACGUUGUGACAGAGGGAAGGCUUCUAACGGUUCAUCUGGGAAGAUAUACAGAGUAAAUAUGCCCCCUCAUCUUCAAGUCUGUAAAGACUAAGUAGAUGUGAGACCGGGAGGAAAUUUUACUCCCUUCAUUGCAGGUGGUAUUCUGAACUUCUCUCAAUCUCUCCAGAGAUGCAAUUUAAUUGUUAAAUUUUUACUGUUGUGAUGCUUAGACUCCCCUUUCACCUGACUUAGAGAACAAAAAAACUGACUAAUAUGAGAUCAGUGGAGAAACUUGGGAAAUUGUCUUUAAUGAUGAAAAAUCUGUAAGCCUUGCACUGUUUUACAAAGCAAUAGUUCUAUGCCACUUUGCAAUGCAAAA